UAGGAAACCGAAAGAGCUAUUCGAUAUCAGUUUAGCACAAGGCGCAAAUACAGUUAGUAUCAAGAUUCGUCAAUCAACUAAUUUUAGCAUUUCAACAAAUUCUUUAUAAUGCAAAUCCUCUCAUGUAUCGCAUUCACCGCUGCCGCCCUUUUCGGAGUCGCAUUCGCGGACUAUAUUCCACACGGACAUGCUUCCAGUUAUGCCUCAGUUGUCCAACACACUGAUGGUCAUCAUCUUGCACCACACGGCUAUGGUAGUCACGGUCUUUAUCUGCAAGAUGCGGGACAUGGUUAUGAUCACUACGAAUCUCAUCACUAUCCCAAGUACACCUUCGACUAUGGUGUUAAGGACGCACACACCGGCGAUCAUAAGAGCCAAUGGGAGCAUCGUGAUGGUGAUCAUGUCAAGGGUGGUUAUACUCUGGGGGAAGCUGACGGUACAACACGCGUUGUAGAGUACACCGCCGACGAUCACCACGGCUUCAAUGCUGUUGUCAAGAAAAUUGGCCAUGCUCACCAUCCUCAAGCAUACCAUCAUGGUUACGACCAUGGUCAUGUCGAUAGUCACUUCUGAAGUAAAUGUUAUCACUAAAGAGUAACCUAAAUGAGGACAACCAAAGUUAUCGGAAUUCUGUUGCUAUAUUUGUUAUGUUUUUCGGAAAAGAAAUUUAAAAUAAAGAACAAAGUUAAGAAACUAUUUUAGUUUAGGUUUGUUAUAGGCUCGGGUGUAAGCUUUAAUGAAUAAUUUUAAUAAAGUAA